AUGGCAUUAGUGAGUCCGUGAGGCGCACACCGAAAAGUGUUCGCGUUCAGAAGCGUAAGAGAAGUGUUUCGGAGGAGCCGCCGACGACGGAUAGCAUGAUGAAGGCGCGGAAGGUGUCGCGCAAGAACUGGUUCGAGUUGAGAGUGCUGCCGCCGACGGUGAUGCGCGAGAUUGUCGAGAAGAUGUGUGUGGAGGAGCACAUGGCGUUUCGCGCCGUGUGCAAGUACUCGCACGAUGAGGUCGAGUCGUACUGGCGGAGCCGACGAAGCAUCUCGGUCCCGCAGCUCUUCGUCUGGUUCCCAAAGCUCGCCGAUUCGCAGUGGAGGCUCACUUCUCUUUCGGCAAUCCUCUAUGAUCUGGGCGUCGUGUUCAAUUUGCUCAAACCGGGAAACUUGCGCAAAUUCAGUUUGCGCGGAGUGCUCAGCGUCAAUCUCAAUUCGUUGGUCACUUGUGUUGAGAAGGCACGAGCACUGUCCAAACUACGUAUAUUCUUUCGGGUUUUUUUUUAGGUGACCGGCAAGUACGCCAAUGUCUUUUUCGAAAAUGUCGGAGAGCUGGACCUGCGCGGAUGCUCGAUCGCGCCCGAUCACCUCAAAAUGAUCAACGAGCUCUUUCCGAACCUUCACACGAUUCUCCUAAAUCCGAACGCGGUGAUGCCGUCCAAACAAAAGUGAGCGAAAAAAAAAGGAGCGUGGCGUUGAGAAGAUGCGACCGAAUUCAGAAGAAGCGUUUCGACGAGGAUCCAAACAGAAAUCACUCACCAUAUCACCGCUUCUACGGGCGCCACGAAGACAGAGCUGAGGAGUGUGCCGGCGCCCGACGUGCUCGUGAUGGCUUUUAUGAAGGAGCACUUGCCCCAUGUCCGUCACGUCUUCAUCGAUUUGGACGAUUAG